UGACAUCACAGCCUUAGCCUCGCCAAUGAUUCCCCGUCACGAAACAAUAAAACCGCCGCUUUACUCGUACUACAUAUGAUUUUUACUGACCGUAAAUUCGUAGCGAAGCUCCUGAUAUUUCUCAUUAGUCCAAUGGAAAAGUCAGACUUCGCGGAGGCCCCGGUUCCCCCGAGCACUCAGAAUGAAUACAGCUCUGAGCCCGACAGCCUACUCUCAAAGCUGGAAGGGGAAGAAGAUCCGAUAAAUUGGUCCCGCUUCUGCAAAGUUUUGUACACAAGCAUUGUUGUCGGGAUUGCCGGCAUUGUCAGCUUUAGCUCGAGUGUCCAUACGCCUGCCAUUCGCGCCAUUAGCAAGGACUUGAAUACGUCAAUGCUAGUCUCAACACUUGGUGGUACAACUUAUCUUGUGGGAUUCGGCUUCGGGCCAUUUUUCUUCGCUCCUCUAGCCGAGCUCCUUGGCCGAAAUCCUAUUUACCGAUCGACGUUUCUUGUAUUCUGCUUGGCAAAUCUAGGAUGUGCACUAUCGCCAAACAUAGCAGCUCUGCUCGUCUUCCGCUUCAUCGCUGGUUUCUUCGGGUCACCUAGUGUUGCGAACUCUGGAGGCUCGAUUGUGGAUCUCUGGCCAGAUUCACAUCGCUCAGUGCCUUUCGCAUUCUUUACAGUCGCCAGUUAUUGCGGUCCCGUACUAGCACCCAUUGUUGGUGGGUUCCUGACACAGUAUGUAUCGUGGAGAUGGAACUUCUGGCUGGUGUUGAUCGUGUCCUCCGCAAUCUACCUCCUCACUGUCUUCCUCUUGCCUGAAACCUACCCACCAAAGCUGCUCGAUCACAAAACAAGGCGAGGUCACCAACCUCGGCUCGGAGUUGAAGCUCAAGCCCGCGAACCCCUGAAGCAGAGGUUCUCUGUCAGCCUCACGAGACCAUGGAUCAUGCUCUUCACUGAGCCAAUUCUCAUCUCAUUGUCACUCUACAUGGCCUUCAUUUAUGGCGUCCUCUUCCUGGACUUCACAGCCUAUCCAAUUGUCUUUCAGAGGGCCCGUGGCUGGUCUCUCGGCAUCUCCGGCUUAUCGUUCCUUGGCAUCGGCCUGGGUAUGGCUAUUGCGGCCUUGCUAUCGCCUUUGGUAGACCGGAUACAUGCUCGUUACGUCCUCAAGCUCGGUGGCCCCGCGUCUCCACAGCCGGAAGCGCGUCUCCCGCAUCUUGUCAUAAUUUCAUGGUUCCUUCCACUCGGGUUACUGUGGUUCGGUUGGACCGCGCUGCCUCCGACUCCGUGGGCAUGGAGCAUUGCAGCGGGUGUCCCUUUCGGCUUUGGGUUGGUCAUGCUGUUCCUUGGCAUCACGGGAUACUUGACCGACUGCUAUGCUGAGUACAGCACGAGUGCCCUAGCUGCAAAUACCCUGCUAAGAUCGCUCUUCGGCGCAGUGUUCGCAAUCUUCGCCCAGGACAUGUACGGGAAGAUGGGUACGCCCUGGGCCACGAGCCUCCUAGGAUUUUUAGCAAUGGCCAUGGCCCCCCUACCGUGGCUUUUCUACAGAUAUGGGCCGCGUCUUAGAAACGUCAGCAGAUUUCACCUUGCCACAGUAAAUCGUCGUCGUUAGAUUUGGACCUAUUAGAUGGGAAUAGGAGCAGUGGAUAUGAGCUGCGACACACUUCGCAGGGGGCACAACGGAAAAAUGGACAGCAAAAAGGACGAAGUUUUGUCCCUCAUGAGCUUACGGAGGCAGCAAAAAGUGAGACUCUACAAUGACGUUUUCGCAAUUCUCAACCAUCAAUAUCUACGUCUAAAUGCAAUUGCGGAGGACUUCAUUUCUUGGAACUAAUCACCGCCAACUCCGAAACUCUCGAACAGGAGCAUUGUGAUACACACGAAAUAACGGCAAGGGACAACAGUAAUAUCCAAAGUGUGUUGGGGCUUGGGUCCAGUGACCAACUCUGUCAGCUGGUGCUCUAAGCUCUAGUGUCCAUUUACCUGUCAUAUAGCCGCCAUGAGUAAGCAACGCCUAGUGAGAGUGGAAUCUAUUUGCGCCA